UUGGUUUUGAACCAAAACAGUAGGUGUAACCUGGUGGUUAGUUAUACAUUGAGGCCUUACGUUAGUUUCUAUGAUUAUUAACUCAUAAAGGUCUACUUCAGCAAGUGUUUCGAUAGAUAUAGCUAAUCACAUUUUGUUAACUGCACGAAUAUGGAGGAAACUCAAGAGGAUCCGACAGUGAACCCAACUACCACCAACUGUUGCAGUAGGAAGAGUAGAUGCUGGAAAUACCUUGUCCAGAAUAUGUUGCUAUUUUUAAGUCUUGUAGCCGUUGCCUUGGGGAUUGCACUAGGCAUGGUUAUCAAGACCUUGCAUCUUCCACAAGUUGACAAACUGUACAUCAUCUUUCCAGGGGAAUUACUCAUGCGUGUCCUUCAGUUUACGACUGUUCCUCUAAUUGUGACCAGUAUGAUAAUAGGAGUUUCUAGUAUGAGUGCGGACACCUCCAGAAAAAUAGCUGUGCGUGCAACACUGUACUUUGUCUUGACAACUCUUCUAUCUGUGACUAUAGGAUUAAUAUUGGUACUGCUGGUCAAACCGGGGGCACCUUUUAUUAUACACAACGAUGACCCAGAAGAUGAGGAAAGGUUAUACAUAGUCUAUGACUUGUUGGAUCUAUUGAGAAACAUGAUGCCUGAGAAUCUGAUUCAGGCUGGCUUCCAACAGUACAAGACUAAAGUUCUGGAGUUUGAAGAUCAAUUAUUUGUUACAAAUUCUAGCCUGCCAACGAAUGCCAGUACAACGCAAGUUGUGGGUCGCUAUGUCAAUGGAGCCAACACACUUGGCCUGAUUGUAUGCUCCUUUGUUUUUGGACUGACCCUCAAGAGCAUGGGAGAAAGAGGCAAAAUAAUCCUGAACAUCUUUAGGAUCCUCAAUGAGAGCACGAAAUAUGUGGUUAACUUGAUAUUGUGGUACUUGCCAUUAGGAGUUCUGUUCAUGGUCACAAGUUAUGUUGUUGAUUCUCAGAACUGGAAUAUUGUCUUCAAACUAGCAAAGUUCAUGGCUGUGGUUGUUGUUGGGCUCCUAAUCCAUGGAUUAAUAGUUCUACCAACAAUCUGUCUUCUGGGUGCGAGACGCAACCCCUGGUUAGUCUUUAAGGGUUUUUUUCCAGCCUUAAAGUCUGCAGCUUUCAUGGCGUCCAGCUCUGCCACACUGCCACUUUCUAUACAAUGCUGCGAGGAGAGAAACAUGUUUGACCCCAGGAUCACUCGCUUCAUGCUGCCCCUUGGGGCUAAUGUCAACAUGGACGGAACUGCCCUCUAUGAAGUAGUCGCAGCGGUUUUCAUUGCCCAACUCAAUGAUAUCCAUCUGGACAUGAGCAAUAUAAUAACCAUCGGAAUGACAUCAGCAGUCGCCAGCGUAGGAGCAGCAGGGAUCCCAGCGGCAGGAGCAGCAACGUCCCUCUUUGUUUUGACCGCGGUUGGCUUACCUGCAAAGGACGCUUGCAUCUUGGUGGUUGGAGAAUGGCUGCUAGACCGCUGCAACACUGUUGUUAAUGUUUUGGGAGACUGUAUUGGCGUUGCAAUGGUCAACCAACUGUCCUUAAAGGAACUGAGCGAAACUGAGGAAAUAAAUCAAGACAGGAAAAGGACGGCUAAUGAUGCUGGGGAUGAGGACUACCAUUCUUUAAAUUCCCUUCAUGCACUGGCAGAAAUAUCUUCAAAUGAGAAUAUAAAAUAGCAAAAUAAAC